AUGGCAACCAGAAGACAGCCGUCUAGGGCCGUGGGGGGCAACCCCGUUCCAGAGCCGAGUCAGCAGAACCCUCCCCGAAGCCCGCCGGGGAGAGCUCGGAGUCCGGAGGGCCCUCCGCCUCCGCCCGAUCGGAUAGCACUCCUGGAGGGUCAAGUGCAACGAUUGAAGGAGUUACUCAUGGGUUUUCUAGAUCGCCAGCAUCAGCAAGCCCAGCAUUCUCGGGCGGAAGAAAAGCACGAGCCCCCAAGAGAAGAGGAGUCCUAUCGACGGGAUGAGAAUCCGCAGAGGCCAGGACAAGAUGAUGGUCAUGGCGAGGCGGCCGAGUCUCUUGACUUGUCGUUUUUGCAGCAGCGGCAGGAAAGAAGAUUGCAGCAGUUAGAGGAGGAGAUGGCCGCCCUAAAGCCGAAGACCAGAGAGACUGAGGGACCAAGGAUAAAUCAGCCCCUUAGCCCAAAGAUCAUGGCGGCCAUACCACCGGAGCGUCUCCGUAUCCCAGCCAUUAAGCCUUACGCAGGGACCUCUGACCCGAUGGAUCACCUUGAUCUCUUUACCUCACAUAUGAUGGUACAGGACGCCUCAGACGCGAUGUGGUGUAGGGUUUUCUUGGCCACCUUGGAGGGGCAUGCACGAGCUUGGUAUUCAAAUCUGGCUCAUCAUUCCAUCGUAAGUUUUGCGCAACUCCGAGGCAGCUUUCUAGCGCAUUUUGCACCUCUCCGAAGACACCAAAGGUCCACCAUGGCCUUGAAUGCCCUGAGGCCCGGCCCUUUCGCCCAAUCAUUAGCCAAAACGCCUCCGAGUACGUUCACGGACAUAUUGGGCCGGGCCACGAAGUACAUAAAUGCUGAGGAGGUCAUACAGGCUAAGAGGGCGGAGCAUGUGGAAAAGAAGGAUAAAAAGAAGCAUCCCGAGGAAAUGAGGAGUGACGACCGAAGGGAAAAACAUCGUCCUCGGUGGGAUUCGGGGGGCUUCACUCCUCUGAAUGCCCCGAGGGCAGAGAUCCUUGCUACUAUUGAGGGUAAAGACUACUUGAAAAAGCCUCGGCCGAUGAAGGCACCAUCUGACAAAAGGAACAGAAGUAAAUAUUGCCGAUUUCAUCGAGAUCAUGGUCAUGACACUGAGGAAUGUCACCAAUUAAAGGAGGAGAUUCAGGAACUUAUCAAUCGGGGUUUCUUGAGGACCUACGUGGCUAAAACAGGUGAUUCUCGGGAGAGAAAGGAUCGACGGUCGCGAUCGAGAAGCCCCCCCAAGAGGGACCGCACGGAGGAUCGAAAUCGGGCUCAGCGGGAGAGAUCACAUCGAGGGGAAGAUGAUCAUCCUCAGCCUCCGAUAUUCCAUACGCUCGCAGCAGGGGAGGUCCCAGUCAUGAGGGAUGAAAAGAGUAGUGCUGUCCAGCUGAAAAGAUCGAGGAGUGUGGAUCCAAUCUCUUUUUUAGAUAGCGACCUCCCGGGAUACCCGACUCGAAAUGACCCACUGGUGAUAACAGCUGAACUCGGGAAGUGGGAACUUCGGCGGAUCCUCGUGGAUCCAGGAAGCUCUUUAGAAAUCUUGUAUUGGUAA